ACUGCUCCUCCCAGCAGCAUCUACACUCACAGCUGAAAGGAAGAACUGAAACGACAGCGCUCUGUACAACUCGAAAUCCAUGCCAUUUAGGACGUAUGCAGAAAACGCCCACUUCCUCUGCUACUCAUCUGCACAGGAAAAAGCUGUGACCAUGGUUGUCGUGUGAAAACGGAUCGGUGUGACUCGGACUGGAAGGACGGACAGUGCCAAAGAAAAAAGCAAAGAGAGAGAGAGAGCCUGUUUUCAGGUGUCAGCUGGUUAAGCGUGUGUGGGUGUGUGAGAGUGUGUGUGUGUGUGCGCGUGUGUGUGUGCGUGCAGGCACGUGUGUUUUCCCAGCCCAGUCAGUAUUUGGAGCGGAGAGUGUGGCCUGAACACAUCACAGAGGGACAAUGAGCGAGCUGGAACAGUUGCGGCAGGAAGCCGAGCAACUACGCAAUCAGAUCCGGGAUGCGAGGAAAGCCUGCAGUGACUCCACUCUGUCACAGAUCACAGCUGGUCUGGACUCAGUGGGCCGGAUACAGAUGCGAACGCGACGCACUCUCAGGGGCCACCUGGCCAAGAUCUAUGCAAUGCACUGGGGGAGCGACUCCAGUGACGGCAGUCCCAGGUUACUUGUCAGUGCCUCGCAAGAUGGAAAACUAAUCAUCUGGGACAGUUACACAACAAAUAAGAUGCAUGCCAUCCCACUGCGCUCUUCCUGGGUGAUGACAUGUGCCUACGCCCCCUCUGGGAACUAUGUGGCUUGCGGAGGCCUGGACAACAUCUGCUCCAUAUACAGCCUUAAGACCCGCGAGGGCAAUGUGCGCGUCACCCGAGAGCUACCCGGACACACAGGUUACUUGUCCUGCUGUCGUUUCCUGGAUGACAACCAGAUACUGACCAGCUCUGGAGACACCACCUGUGCAUUGUGGGACAUAGAGACAGGCCAGCAGGCCACCACCUUUACUGGCCACACAGGGGAUGUAAUGAGUUUGUCUCUAAGCCCGGACUAUAAGACCUUUGUGUCAGGAGCCUGUGACGCCACCUCCAAGCUAUGGGACAUCCGUGAUGGCAUGUGCAGGCAAUCCUUCACCGGCCACGUGUCUGACAUAAAUGCCGUCACCUUUUUCCCCAAUGGGAAUGCCUUUGGCACAGGCUCAGAUGACGCCACCUGCAGGCUGUUUGACCUGCGUGCUGACCAGGAGCUGAUGAUGUACAGCCACGACAACAUCAUCUGCGGCAUCACCUCUGUGGCUUUCUCCAAGAGUGGCCGACUGCUCCUGGCCGGCUACGAUGACUUUAACUGCAACGUCUGGGACACUCUGAAAGGCGAACGUGCAGGUGUGCUAGCGGGCCACGACAACAGAGUGAGCUGCUUAGGGGUGACAGAAGACGGCAUGGCUGUGGCCACCGGCUCCUGGGACAGUUUCCUCCGGAUCUGGAACUAAAACAAACCUCUUCCCUGUUGUACUCAAUCACUGCCUGCCAACUUCCUCCCCACAACCCCACCCUACAUAUCCCAACUCAUCUGCUGGGCUGGACCUGCGGGGUGCACACCGUGUCUGCCGAAAUCCUCUUAAGUCACCCCCAGUUUUCCUCUCUGCUGGCAACCUGCCCACCUGUGAGAAAGUACCAACUCUUUCUACCUUUCCAAGUGACGUUUUUUUCACCCAGCUAUUACACAGAAACAAAAAUAAGAACCUUUCAGUAGAAUUGUCCAAUCAUAAAUAAAAGAGAUGAGUUAUGAGAAACUGAAGGGGAAAAAAAUAGAAGAUUUUGCCCUUAAACCAAUUCUCUAAAAGGCGAUGAAGAACGUCUGUAACCAUGACUAACAACAAGCAAGAUGAGCGUUGAUGUGUAUUAUGUAAAUGUAUAUAUAAAGACAGUAUAUAUGUAUAGCAUUAUGUGUGUAUAUAUGCAUCAUAUAUGCAUAUAUAAUGUGUAUGUAUAUAUUUUUGUAGUUAA